AUGUCUGAUGGUCCAGUUACGCCUCCCAAGGCACCAGUAGUUGUCGAAGCCCACGAGGUGGACACUUUCCACGUGCCCAAGGCUUUCCUUGAGAAGCAUACUACAAGAACCCAUAUAGCAAACCUGGAUGAGUAUCAGAAGCUCUAUGAAGAAUCCAUCCGUGACCCCGAUACUUUUUGGUCACGGCUGGCCCGUGAACUCAUCACAUUCGAAAAGGAUUUCGACACCACCCGCUACGGGUCUUUUGCGGGAGGAGACGUUGCGUGGUUCCUUGGUGGACGUUUGAACGCAUCGUACAACUGCGUCGACCGUCAUGCUCUGAAGGAUCCAAAUAAGGUGGCUGUAAUCUACGAGGCUGAUGAACCCAAUGAAGGUCGCACUAUUACAUAUGGCGAGCUUCUGAAGGAGGUCUCUCGACUGGCCUGGGUGCUGAAGCAGGCUGGUGUUCGGAAGGGGGAUACCGUGGCUAUUUACCUGCCAAUGAUCCCCGAAGCCGUAAUUGCGUUCCUGGCAUGCGUUCGUAUUGGUGCAGUCCACUCUGUCGUUUUCGCUGGGUUCUCAUCAGAUUCCCUCCGCGACCGCGUCUUGGAUGCCAAGUCAAGAAUCGUCAUUACCACGGACGAGGGGAAACGAGGUGGAAAAUUAAUCGGAACCAAGAAGAUUGUUGAUGAAGCCCUUAGACAAUGCCCUGACGUCACGAAUUGCAUUGUUUACAAGAGAACAGGCGCUGAUGUGCCAUGGACAAAGGGCAGAGAUUUGUGGUGGCAUGAAGAGGUUGAGAAGUAUCCCAACUACAUUGCUCCUGAGUCAAUGGACUCUGAGGACCCUCUCUUCCUACUGUACACAUCCGGGUCGACUGGAAAGCCAAAGGGUCUGAUGCACACGACAGCCGGUUAUUUGGUCGGUGCAGCCGCUACUGGCAAAUAUGUGUUUGAUAUUCACAACUCGGACCGCUUCUUCUGUGGCGGUGAUGUUGGUUGGAUUACCGGACACACCUAUGUCGUGUAUGCUCCUCUGCUUCUUGGAUGUGCAACUGUGGUUUUCGAGAGCACACCGGCCUAUCCUAACUUCUCCCGUUACUGGGAUGUUAUUGAUAAACACCAAGUGACCCAGUUCUAUGUUGCGCCAACAGCUUUAAGGCUUCUGAAGCGUGCUGGAAAUGACUACAUCCACCACAAGCUCAAGAGCCUUCGUAUUUUGGGAUCUGUUGGCGAGCCAAUUGCAGCGGAGGUGUGGAAAUGGUAUUUCGAGAUCGUUGGGAAGGAGGAAUGCCAUCUUGUUGACACCUACUGGCAAACUGAGACUGGUUCUCACGUUAUCACCCCUUUGGGCGGCAUUACACCAACAAAGCCCGGCAGUGCUUCGCUUCCCUUCUUCGGCAUUGAGCCUGCCAUCAUUGACCCGGUAUCUGGAGAGGAGAUCAAAGGCAAUGACGUUGAAGGCGUUCUAGCGAUUAAACAACCAUGGCCAAGCAUGGCGCGCACAGUCUGGGGUGCCCACAAGAGAUAUAUGGACACUUAUUUCAACAUCUACAAAGACUUCUACUUUACCGGCGAUGGUGCUGGACGUGACCAUGACGGAUACUACUGGAUCCGAGGUCGUGUUGACGACGUUGUCAACGUUUCCGGCCACCGUCUGUCAACUGCAGAAAUUGAAGCUGCUCUUAUUGAACACUCUGCUGUGGCUGAAGCCGCUGUCGUUGGUAUUGCCGACGAACUCACCGGGCAGGCGGUCAAUGCGUUUGUCGCCUUGAAGACCACGAGUGACAAUAUCGAACAACUCCGCAAGGAUCUCAUCAUGCAGGUUCGCAAGUCAAUUGGGCCGUUUGCCGCUCCCAAGGCUGUAUUCAUCGUCGAUGACCUGCCCAAGACUCGCAGUGGUAAAAUCAUGCGAAGAAUCUUGAGAAAGAUUCUUAGCGGCGAGGAGGAUAGCUUGGGUGAUAUCUCGACUCUCUCUGAUCCGAGUGUUGUUGCGAAAAUCAUCGAGGUUUACCACGCUUCAAAGAAGUAG